AUGCCUUCGUCUCCCUCUCGUUUCGGCCAGAAGAAUUCCGGCACAAGCGCGAAACGCGCUAAGUUGGAUGGGACGGUGUAUCGAGGAUUUCAUCUCGCUCAAGGAGAAACCGAUAAAGCAAAGUGCACUGGCUGGAUAGAGUGGAGUAACUCUUUGAAGAAGUAUGUUUAUGGCUGACUAGGAACAAUACGACAUCAUUGUAUUUGUAAAUGUUCAUCUGCUUAAAAAGCGGAGCUGCUUGUACUGGUACUAGCACCAGAUAGACACCAGCUCACUAAACAUCAAUCUUCUUCAUCCCAGCUUUUUAUGCGCUAAGCGUUUUUUCUUCUUCAUCUAAUUUCUUUUUGCUAGCUCAGCGAAAGGCGAAAACGCAAGUGCAGGACCGGCAGGAUCAACCUCGAGCACGACUGUCGAGGCUAGUACUACAGCAACAGCAACUUCAAGCAGUGUCGCUACAAAUCAGGCAGAUGUAAAGAGCACAACUACAAUCGAGGCAAGCAGCACAUCAGCAGCGGCAGUGUCUAGUACAACGGAAGCGAAGACUACUUCGGGUUUUGAGUUCACUGGUUGUGAUGCUGGCUAUUGUCCUUCGGAUGAAUUUACAGACGAGGACUGCGUUUCAUCUGAAGAUGAGGAUGAGAAUUGAUGACAUUUAGUCACCUAGUUAAUGUCUGAACGUUCGAUAUUUCAGAAUUGUGAUGCACUUACCAGCAAUAGGAUAGAUUCGCAUGUUAGUAGAAAUUUUUCAAAGAAAUACAAUUUGUUGUGACAACUCAUAUUUUGUUGAAUUAAUCUGUGAUCGGAUUCGCUUGUUGAAAUACUUGUUGAUUAUAGGAGGUUUAGGUAGGUGCCAAGACUGGCAGUAAGAACGGAGGUACAAGGUGAAGUUUGAACUGGAACAUGUGAAAUUGUUGUUAAUGAAAACGCGUAUGUAGAGUUUGUUGUCGCGAUGAUUGAGGAUUUUUACUGUGGUUUGACGACGUUUUCGCUUGUAACAAAGGUGGGUGAAGAAAAGUCAUAUAGGCUACAACGGGCGUAAUAACCAAGAAAGAGGUACUUAGCCCGCUCGAAACUGCACUAUCUAUAAUAAUGUUCUUCUUCACCGUUCUUCUGUCCCUGGUGCGUAGCCAAAGAAAACAAACUGGGAGAGGCAUUAAAAGCUGUUGAAGAUUCGAGGAAAUUUUAAGUACAG